AUGAAGUCCCGUACCCUUGCGCUGUCAAUAGGAUUCCUUGCGUCACAAUGUGACGCAUUGACAAGUAAUAGAAUAUCAGCUGUAGAUCGGCGGUCAGAGUUGGGUGCAGCAACAUUACUGCCCCUAGCCGAGGUUACCUUUCAACCCGAGGAAGCCAAGGAAAACGACCCAAAUGUUGGCGUUCUUUUGCUAAAUCUAGGUGGACCAGAGAAAACCGAUGAUGUCGAAGGUUUCCUGUUCAAUUUGUUUGCAGAUCCCGACAUUAUUCGGCUGCCAGGGCCAUUGACCUUCUUUCAAAAUUCCAUCGCCCUGUUUAUUUCCAAGCGAAGAGCACCAAAGAGUAUCGCGGCAUAUGAGAGUAUUGGAGGUGGUUCGCCGAUUCUAAAAUACAGUAAUGAGCAAGCAGAUUUGGUGAAGCAAUCACUCAAGGAACGGUACAAUCUGUCCGUGAAGACUUAUAUUGGUAUGCGAUACUGGCACCCAUUCACCGAGGAAGCAUUGGCUGAAAUACAGAAAGACAAGAUUAAUGCGUUGGUAAUCAUCCCGCUGUACCCACAAUUUUCCAUCUCCACAUCAGGGAGUUCCCUGCGAGUUUUGCAAGAGGAGUUUUCGGCACACGCUGCAAAGUAUGGUGACAUGAUCCAUACUGUGGUUCCAAGCUGGUACGAUCGGCCAGGCUAUGUUAAGGCAGUCAGUGAUCUGAUCCAAACGGAAUUAGAUGGCUUCACCGAAGAGCAGAUUGCGGAUGCCAAAAAGAGAACUCCCGACUUGCCAGGAAAGCAUAUCCUCUUCUCGGCUCACGGAGUUCCAAAGUCAUACAUUGAUGCGGGAGAUCCUUACAAACGUCAAAUUGAGGAGUGCGUCAAAAAGAUUGGGGACCAGCUGUACAAGACCAACUCGGAGGAGGAUCUUCAGAUUCAUUUGAGUUACCAAUCCCGAGUAGGACCCAUCGAAUGGCUCCGGCCAUACACGGAUGAUGUUCUUCCAGAACUUGGUCAAAAGGGAGUUUCCAACUUGGUGGUUGUUCCAAUUAGUUUUGUCAGUGAGCACAUCGAGACAUUGGAAGAAAUUGAUUUGGAGUACCGAGAGCUUGCGGAAGAAUCUGGUGUCAUCAACUGGCGACGCUGCCCCGCACUGAACACGGACGAAGCCUUUAUUGCCGACAUGGCAGAUAUGAUCUAUGAUGCUCUGAAUGAACCUUUGCAAACCGUGACCGAAGCAUGUGUCGCUAACAAUGUCGAGGGAGUGGACCUUGUUCCUCUCGAUACCAUUGAUGUAUCUACCACUGGUGUUGCCGGAGUCGGCAAGGGGAUUGACGAAGCUUGGUUCAAUAAGGAACGAGCCAAUGCUAGAGUCGCAAUGGCAGGUGUGGCUUUGACAAUUGUUCUAGAGCUCGUCAGCGGCCAACCACUGACACACUACUUGGGUCUGUGA